CCAAUUGACUUCAAGGAAACUCCCCUAGAAAGCAAUUCUUUACAUGCUUAAUCUACUGGAAUCGAUCAUACACAAAUAGUUAAUUUUUUGUUGAAAGGGGAGAAGAUAGUGAAUUGCUAAGCAAGGGAGAUUGAAGGAGUAGACAACCUUCCAGCUUCUAUUAUUACCAUUAAUUUGGGGAGUUUUGUGAUUUCAAGAUUAAGUGUCACGUUGGGUUAUGAAAGACAAACUAUCUGGUUCUUCGUCCUUCACUCUUCACUCUUCUCCCUUAUUAUUUAGUGCAUUGUCAGAUUUUUUUAUUUUCACUACAUUUUUUAAAUAGUGAAAAUAGAAAAAUUAAAAAUUGUUUAUAGUUAUAUUUGGAAAAGUGAUAACAAUAAUGGAAUAGAAUACUAAUUUUAAAAAGAAAGCCAAGAAAAGGAGGGAAAAAGUAUAAUUAUAAAAUUUAUAAACAUGAGGGUUUCUCAAGUAGAAUAGCUUGUCAAGGAAGUCACUUGCUCCUCUCAUUUAUUUCAAAUCUCAACUCACUCCCCCUUCCCUUCUCCCUCUCGUCUCAACAUGGCUCCGUUGCCACUGCCACAGCCGCAAGAUUCUCAACCCCAAGCCCCGGUGAAACAACUCCAGCCCCAAGAAUUUGAUCCACCGCAAGAAUCUCAACCCCAUGCCCUGGCCAAACUACUGCAAGAAUCUGAUCCAGUGGAUCCCCCGGAAGAAUCUGAGUCUCCUCGUCCUAGAAUUGUUGUUCUGAAUAUGGCCGCGAAGUUAGCGUAUAAACUGUUGGCGAAGUGGUAUAAGCAAGCUGGUAAGGUUUCCAAUGAUGAAAACCACGAAGCAACUGCGGCUAAUCAUUCUAGACCUCCAAGGAUCUGCCGUUCGUUCGAUCCAUUUGAGUUAAGUCAGAAUGCUGUGAGAUAUGUGGCUGGCAUAAGGCCAACAGAGCGUGAGACUCUUAAUGUGACAGACGAUUAUGUGAUUGUGAAGACAUAUAAGUCUGAUGCAGAGGAAGAUAUUGCUAAUGGUGAAAAGGCUGAGGAAGAUAAUGCUAAUGGUGAAAAGGCUGAGGAAGAUAAUGCUACUGAGAAAGACAAUGAUACUGAGGAGGAUAACGAUACUAAGAAAGACAAUGAUGCUGAGGAGGAUAACGAUACUAAGAAAGACAAUGAUGCUAAGGAGGAUAACGAUACUGAGAAAGACAAUGAUGCUAAUGAGGAUAAUGAUACUGAGAAAGACAAUGAUGCUGAGGAGGAUAACGAUACUGAGAAAGACAAUGAUGCUGAGGAGGAUAAUGAUACUGAUAAAGACAAUGAUACUGAGGAGGAUAAUGAUACUGAGGAUAUACUGAGGAAGAUAAUGAUUAUGAGAAAGCUAAUGAUUCUGACGAAUAUUAUGAUACUGAAGAAGAUAAUGAUUUUGAGGAAGAUGAUGAUUACGAGGAGGAUGAUGAUUACGAGGAGGAGGAUGAUGCGCACGAUCAAAGAGAUUAGACAAUUAUGAUCAAUUUUCUGCUUUUGUACUUAUAAUCUGCCUUCCAACAAGUAUAUUUUUAUGCAUCUUAUCAAUGAUCACUGUUGUGAAAUUUAGGAUUGAUUUUUAGUCUGACUUAGCUUGCACGUGUAGAAAAUACUUGUUAGUGUUCUCAUGGAGAAACAUUAGGAGUAAAUUUUGACUUAGUAUAACUACUCUCUCUCCAUGUUGUAGAUAUUCUUUUUGGUACUACGUAGCCCAUAUGAACAAUGAAUUGCUUUUUUCUUUUUAAA